UGUAUGUUAAAAAAUGGGUUCAGAGUCAGUGAAGGUGGUGGUGAGGUGCAGGCCCCUAAAUGACAGGGAAAGGGCUCUCAGCUCCAAGAUGGUGCUGUCUAUGGAUGUGCACCGGUGCCAAUGCUUCAUUAAAAGGUCCAGGACAGUGGAUGAACCACCCAAACAGUUCACUUUUGAUGGGACCUACUACAUUAAUCAAUCUACUGAACAGCUGUACAACGAGAUUGCUUAUCCUUUGAUUGAGGGUGUUACUGAGGGAUACAAUGGCACAAUUUUUGCCUACGGGCAAACUGGAAGUGGCAAAUCUUUCACCAUGCAGGGUGUGUCUGAGCCUGAAGCCCAGAAAGGUGUGAUACCACGAGCUUUUGAACACAUCUUCGAGAGCAUUCAGUGUGCUGAAAACACAAAAUUCCUUGUGAGGGCCUCUUACCUGGAGAUUUACAAUGAAGAAAUAAGAGACCUUUUGGGAAACGACACCAAACAGAGACUUGAGCUGAAAGAGCACCCGGAGCGUGGGGUCUAUGUGCGGGACCUCACCAUGCACACGGUGCACAGUGUGGGGGAGUGUGAAAGCAUCAUGGAGCAAGGCUGGAGGAACCGGGCAGUGGGCUGCACACUGAUGAACAAAGAGUCCUCACGGUCCCACUCCAUCUUCACCAUCCACUUGGAGAUCUGCAACACUGAUGCAGCUGGCCAGGACCAUAUACGAGCAGGAAAACUUAACCUUGUAGACCUCGCAGGAAGUGAGCGUCAGUCUAAGACUGGUGCCACUGGAGAGCGACUCCGUGAGGCCACGAAGAUCAAUCUCUCCCUCUCAGCCCUGGGCAAUGUCAUCUCUGCCCUGGUUGAUGGCCGCUCCAAAUACAUCCCCUACCGGGACUCCAAGCUGACAAGACUGCUGCAGGACUCUCUGGGAGGAAACACACGAACCUUGAUGAUCGCCUGUCUCUCGCCUGCUGAUAACAACUAUGAGGAGAGCCUGAGCACUCUGCGCUACGCAAACCGGGCCAAAAGUAUUCAGAACAGACCUCGAAUCAAUGAAGACCCUAAGGAUGCUUUGCUCCGAGAGUAUCAGGAGGAGAUCAAGAAGUUACGGGCCCUCAUCUCAGGCCAACUUGGCACCUUUGACCUUUCAGCUCUUCUGUCAGGUCAGCCCACAGCUGCUCUUUCAAGAUUGCAACCCAGCACUAAUGAAGCAAAGAAGGAAAAGAUUAAAGAGGAGUACGAAGAGAAGCUGGCAAAGUUGCAGGCUGAGUACAAUGCAGAGCAAGAGUCCAAAGCAAAGCUGCAGGCAGACAUUACUGCUCUGCGGUGUUCAUAUGAAUCAAAGCUGUCUAAUUUGGAAAAGGCCCAAGCCAGCAGGGGGAGCUGUGACUCUAAGAAUGUGAGCUCCUGCUGUGUAGCCGAAGAUGGUGAGAAAGAUCAUACCCCCAACACUGAUUACAUCAGCCUCUGUACAACUACUUCACCAAGAAAGCUGGAUGUGUCUUGUGCUGAAGUCAGUGUCCAAAACGAUCCGGAUGGAAGCGAGCUCACAGACUCAGAUGAUACAAACUCAAACGAGCCUCUGGACCAGAAACAUGUUCUGGAGAGUUGUUGUCUUUCAAGACUACAGAUACUGGAACAGGAGGUAAUUGGAGGGGAGCAGGCAAGGAACAAAGAGUUACAGCAGAGACAUCGGCAGAGGAGGCAGUUCGCUGAUCAGCGAAAGGCCCAGCUCAUCCACGCACUGUCAGAAGACACUGAGGAGAGUGAAAAUGUGUUAUUCAGUGUGUACAAUUCAAUCCAGGAAGAGGUUCAUGCCAAAAGCCAGAUACUGUCCAAAGUCCAGAGUAAGCUGAAAGCAGCCAAACUGGAGAUUCGCGACCUGCAGGCAGAGUUUGAGCUGGAGAGGAACGGUUAUUUGGCAAACAUUCGCCAACUUGAGAGGGAACGCCAGCUGCUGAACAGCCUGCUUGAGCGUAUGGUGCCACUAGUGCGCCGAGACUGCAACUACAGCAACCUGGACCGUGUGAGGAAAGAAGCUGUUUGGGAUGAUGAUAGCGCCACCUGGAAGCUGCCAGAUGUGAUGGUGCAGAAAACAACACUACCUUCAGGAGUGUCUCCAAAGCCUUCACCUCGCAGAGGCUCAGGUUGUGAUCAUGCAGAGUCGUUUAUGCAGGUUGAAGAGGACAGAUACAAGGAAAUGCUGGGUCGCAGUGACAGCGAGAAUAUCGCCAACAACUACUUUAAAUCAAGGAGAGCCAGUCAGCUGCUGGGCGGUGAUGCUUCUAAAGAUCACGUAGGCUAUCAGUCUGUGAACGGUUCCAAGAUGAACCCCCCUCCCAGAUCAGACACCGUCCUGCCUCGGCCUUUUCGUCUAGAGUCUCUGGAAGUCUCUGUGUCCAACGGGAAGGUAAAGCGCAGAAAAGGCAAGUCUCACACCUUUAGUGAAGGGACAUGAAUGGACUCUGGCACUUCAAACUCCAACCUCAUCUCACAAUCAUUGUUUUUUGGCUUAAAAGAGUUUGUUAACUGUGAUAGAUCAAAACAUUUAUUGCUAGCAGUCUAUUGACUUUGUUUUGCAAGCAUUAUCUGAAAAUAUAAUCCUAGAUUUUUUUUUCAUUUACUUAAAAGUGUGAUUUGCACAGUUAAGAUACUACGACACUCUUAAUUACUGCGAAUUCCUUGUUAAUGUUUAAAUUUGAUUUACAUUACGUUGUGAUUCAACAAGGUGUCAGGAAGUUUUGUUUUGAGAUUAUGGUCCACAUUGAUGUGUUGAAUGCACAUCCAUGAUUAGAAAUCACUGCAUCCCAAAGUGGCUUUGGAGGCCAUUGGAAUAUAGUAAACUCAUUGUGAUGCGAAAAUACAGUCUGAGAGAAUCUCAACCUUGUGACAUGGUGCAUUAUCCUGCUAGAAGGAAACAUCAGAAUAUGGCUACACUGUGCUUUUAAUGAACGGUCACGGUCAGCAGCAACAUCCAGGUGGGAUGUGUUGCUUUAAUGAUGCUCAGCUGGUAACUUAGUUCGAACUAAAGUUAGUGUGCCAAGAAAAUAUCCAGGAAAUCCAACCUGUUAGUGUCCAAUUUUGUUUAGUCCAUGUGAAUUGUGUCCUCAAUUUUAGCUAACAGGAGUUACACAACUUGUAGUCUUCUGCUGCUAAAGCUCAUCUGCCUUGAGGUUAUGAUAGUAUUCAGCAUGCUUUGGUUGUCGCCAGAGGUAAUUUGAGGUACUGCUGUCAUCCUAUCAUCUCGAACCAGUCUGCCCAUUCACCUCUGACCUCAACAAGAUAUUUUUGUCCACACAAUUGAAAAGUCACUGAAAAGUUUGUAUGUUUUUCGGACCAUUCACUGUCAACCUAAGAGAUGGUUGUGUGUGAAAAUUUCUACAGUUUCUGAAGUACUCAGACAAGAACAACAACCAUGCCAUGUUCAAAGUCAAUGUAAUCCUCCUCCUUUCUUGUUCUGAUGCUCCAUUUGUCUAAAUGUGUUUAGUCGUUGGCUUUGUAAUGGUGGAAUCACUGUAAGUUAAAAAGUAACUAAACAUAUAUGUACCUAAUAAAGUGGCCAGUGAGAAUA